AUGGUUGGAAUCAAUACCUUCGCCGUCGAAGAAUGGAUGGACACAUAUGAAACUACCGCAAAGCACAAUCUUGCGGAAACCUGCAGUGCCUCCAUCUCCCUCAACGAUCUUCUAGCCCUAUCCCCCAAGGAUAAUCUGAUAGAUUUCUCACAGAAGCAAGUCUACGGCGCGAUAAGAGGCACUGAGGCACUGAGAACGAACAUUGCUAAUCUUUAUUCACCAUCGUCUGAGUCUCAAGACGGCCCUGUGUCUGCGGAAGGGGUGCUUGUUACCAAUGGCGCCAUUCAGGCCAAUUUCUUGGCUCUUUUUACCAACGUUGGACCCGGCGAUCAUGUCAUUUGUCAGUACCCGACGUACCAGCAGCUGUAUUCUGUACCGGAGUCUUUCGGAGCGGAAGUCAGUCUCUGGCGAUCGGAGGAAGGGCAUGGGUGGGGGAUGGAUCUGCAAAAGUUGAAGGAUUUGGUAAAGUCCAACACGAAGAUGAUCAUUUUGAACAACCCACAAAAUCCCACCGGAGCAGUUCUCCGACGUGAAGAGCUGCAGGGGGUAGUUGACAUUGCUCGGGAGCAUGGUAUCAUAAUUCACUCCGAUGAGGUUUAUCGUCCUCUGUUCCAUUCUCUGGAUGCUGAGCAGGAUGUGCCUCCGUCUAUUCUUGAAUUCGGAUAUCAAAAUGUCGUUGCAACGGGUUCCAUGUCCAAAGCUUUCAGCUUGGCUGGCAUCCGCCUGGGCUGGAUCGCCUCACCAAACUCCAACAUCAUCGAGGCUUGUGCUACAACCCGUCAUUACACUCUGAUUUCGGUCGGUCAGAUCGAUGAUAGUGUAGCGACGCAUGCGCUCUCGCGCCCGUGCGUGGACAAUUUGUUGCGACGAAAUGUCCAGCUUGCAAGGCAGAAUCUCGCUGCCCUUGAUGACUUUAUCGGCGAAUUCAGUUGGGCCGUGAAGUGGACGAGACCGAAGGCGGGAACGACCGCAUUUCUCAAAUUCGUCAACAGGGAAGGGAAAGCGAUCGACGAUGUCGAGUUCUGCAAGAAGCUCCAGAAGAGGACUGGAGCGAUGCUGGUUCCCGGAAGCAGAUGCUUCGGCGGAGACGUUGACUUCCGUGGAUAUGUGAGAAUGGGCUACGUUCCCGAGAACGAGGUCAUGGUCGAUGGUCUGAACGCCCUGAAGAAGUUCAUGGCCGAUGAGUAUGAAGAUUUGCCACUGGCUUGUUGA